GGUUGUAGGGUUUUACAGAAGCUGAGAUAACUCUUCUUCUUCUUUUUGUCUGCCAAAAAAAAAAAAAAAAAAUUGGAAGAGAACGGGAAAUUAGAGGAAUCAAUCGAUGAGGCAAUUAAAAUUUCAUGAGCAGAAGCUGUUGAAAAAGACUGAUUUCAAUGUGUUCAAGAGAGAACAUGGACACAGAGAAAUUCAAGUUACUCGUAGGUAUAAUCUCACUGGGAGAGAUGAUUACAAGAAGUAUAAUGGAAUGUGCCGGAUGGUGCAAAAGCUCGUUAACAUCUUGAAACAGAUGAAUCCAAAAGAUCCUUAUCGAAUUGAGAUGUCUGAUAGACUCCUUGAGAAACUGUACAACAUGGGUGUUAUUCCUACCAGGAAGAGCUUAGCUCUUUGUGACAAAUUAUCUGUAUCUUCCUUUUGCAGGCGAAGAUUAGCAACUGUUUCAACUCAUUUGAAAUUUGCGGAGCAUUUGAGAGAAGCUGUGACAUUCAUUGAGCAAGGGCACAUCCGAGUUGGACCAGAGACAGUUACAGAUCCUGCCUUCCUUGUGACAAGAAACAUGGAAGACUUGAUAACGUGGGUGGACACAUCCAAGAUAAAGACAAAAGUCUUGGAUUAUAAUGACCAAAGGGAUGAUUAUGAUGCAAUGAAUUGAGUGUAACACCCAGGAUUAUUUGUUCUGAUAUUAGCUCUCGGUUAGUUCAAGGUUUCUUUUUCUAGAGUGUUGAUAAACAAUGGAUACAAAUAUUAUGUAUUUUGCUUUUUAGUUUGUUGUUA